CCGCCUUUUCUUCAUCUUGCUUUCCUUGCAUUUCUCUGCUUUGCAUCUUUCGCAUUCUCAUUCUGUCGUUUCCUCGUCGAAGUCUUCUCCUUUCAUUGCAGUCCACUAUUCGCAUCUUCCACUGCCCAGGUGGACUGUCAUUUGUAAAACGUUGCCCAGGCCGGCCCAGGCCGACACAGUCCUGUUGUGCAGAACUGCAUAACCCGACGGCACCAGCACACACCGAAAUAACCCCAAGGGCCGCUCUCUGAGCAAGCAAAGCAGAUGAGGUAUUCCCUUCAGCGUCAUUCGUCCGCUCGUCUUGAAAUCUCACGAUAACCUUGAUGUUCCCCUAUUUCCUGAUACAGCAAGGGCGUCUCACCGGCAUCACCCUCGCAAAACCACCUCGCUACGUCUCAGCCAAACAACUCUAAUCAGCGAAGACAUCAUGCGUCAUACCGUGCCAACCGUGCCUGAGAGUACUUCAUCCCUUGAUUCCUACGACGCGUCGACACGUCAAUCCAGCAGCUCCAGCUCUUUCGUCGACACUUCGCCUUUUACUACGCCGCAAUCGAGCAAUUUGUCAGUUAUAUCAGAUUGGAAACGUCCGUCGAACAGGUCUUCGCUGAAAUCGAGCUUGAAGUCUUCGAAGUCCACACCAGCCCUUGCGGUACGAUUCUCGCUGCCUGAGGCUGCAACUGAGAUGUCUGGAAUCGAAUACGGAGGGCCGGUCCCAAAGCGGAAACCCGUCCCUCCGCUGAGGAACACCUUAGAAGCCAUGGAAACAAUACCGCCGGUUCCUACAUUAACUCCAGAGUUGAAGAAGAAAUUGAGCAAGCGCUUCUCGUCCCCAGCACCCCUCUCUCGAAAAGAAAGUCAAAGCACACCGACGCCCCCAAUCCCCACCGCACCAAGGCUCUCUUACGCACCCACAUCAAUCCCGGGGUCUCGUGUUACGUCCUUUCAAUCUACCGCCUCCGCACCCGCUGCCCUAUCCUCGACGCAGCCACUGACUCCCUCCUAUCCGCCGUCUCAGUACAAUCCGCUCCAGCACUAUAUGCCCUGCAUGGCGUCCGAUUGUAAUACGCACUAUACUUCCUCUCUCCUCGGUCCGACCUUCUACUCCCCACAGCAGCCUUACAAGUUCGCACGGAAAAAGGGGUUCUGUCCUGCGCACGCAAACCGGGAUUUGAAAGCUGCGAAUGAGAGGGCGAAGAGAACGUUUGAAACCAUGCGGCAGAAUGCCGGGCGCAAGACGCUCGGUCUCAUUGCCGCGGAAUUCGAACUCUGGACGCAAGAGUUGGAGGAAGAGAGGGACGCGGAAUCGCAGGAGCUGGAAGCACAGCAAAGACGGAAGGUACUAGGAGCGGAAGCGAAGGGCAAGAAGAAAAAGGGCAAAGCAGUAUACGAUGCCGAUUGGGACUGGAGAUACGCACCCCGACCCUGCACCCGCAAAGGAUGCGGCAAGGACUGGUACUCUCCCUUCGACAACCGCCUCUACCUCUUUUACCACACAUCGCGCUCCUCCUCGCUCCUCCCGCUUUCCACGCUCUGCCCAAGCUGUGCACGCGCGGAUGUCGAGGCGCUGGAGGAUCGCAUUGAGGCGAAGAGAAUGGAUGCCGAUGAGCUGGUGUGGAUAGAUUGGGUGGAGCAGAUUCGGAGGGACAGGGAGAUGGAGAGCGUGUUUUGGGAGAGCGCGCAGGAGAGGGUUGUCAGGGAGAAGGGAGUCAACUCCCCAGCAGCCGCUGGCAAGAAUGAAAAGAAAGGCUCAGGGGGCGCCAAAAAAGGAAAGAAAGAGAGUUCAAAGGGUGUUUGCGUAGUCAUGUAGCUUCCAAGGUCCCCUUCGCCUACUUAGCGCAAUCCAAAGCAGUAUAAC